AUGGAAGAGCAGAGGAUGGAUGUGCUUAAAAGGAAUAAGAACUCAUCACCCGAUCUCCUUCCCUGUGCUUUUGUCUCCUUGACCCAUAGGGAGCGACUACCUGCCCACUACUUUAAGUUUCAGUUCCGGAACGUGGAGUACAGCUCUGGGAGGAACAAGACCUUCCUCUGCUAUGUGGUGGAAGCACAGAGCAAGGGAGGCGAAGUGCAGGCCUCUCGAGGGUACCUGGAGGACGAGCACGCUGCUGCCCACGCGGAGGAAGCCUUCUUCAACAGCAUCAUGCCGACCUUCGACCCCGCCCUGCGCUACUUGGUCACCUGGUACGUGUCCUCCAGCCCCUGCGCGGCCUGCGCGGACCGCAUCGUCAAGACCCUCAACAAGACCAAGAACCUGCGCCUGCUCAUCCUGGUGGGGCGGCUGUUCAUGUGGGAGGAGCCCGAGGUCCAGGAGGCUCUCAGGAAGCUGAAGGAGGCCGGCUGCAGACUUCGAAUCAUGAAGCCCCAGGACUUCGAGUUCAUCUGGCAGAAUUUUGUGGAGCAAGAAGAGGGUGAAUCCAAGGCCUUUGAGCCCUGGGAGGACAUUCAGGAGAACUUCCUGUACUACGAGGAGAAGUUGGCAGACAUCCUGAAGUAGGCAGCUAGGUUCAGCCUCACGUGAGUCUGUUCACUGUCAACUUGGAUAGAAGGGCAGGUGGAAUGAGUGGUCUCUCUGAUUUUCCUUUGAAAAGAUUUCAUCUCUUCUUUUCUGGUUGGUGGUAACAACAUUCUUAGAUCCUGCCUUUUCUCUUUCCUCUAAAUUCCUCUCCCUAAAUCCUGUCUCUCCUACCCUUUUAUAUCAAACUGACUUUCUCCAUAACUUAGAGUGCUCAAGGGUGAUAGAAAUCCAGAAGCUUUGAUGAGACCGAAUAACUUUCGUAAGAUGAGGAUGGUACAAAGACCUGUUGUGCACGCACACGUGUGUGUGUGUGUAUGUGUGUGUGUACACGUGAGCGCGCUCAGUUGCUUUGUCAUGUCCAACUCUUUGCGACCCGAUGGACUGUAGCCCAGGACCAGGCUCCUCUGUGCAUGGAAUUUUCAGGUAAAAAUACUGGAGCCGAUUGCCAUUUCCUAUUCCAGGGGAUCUUUCCAACACAGGGAUCGAACCCUCAACGACUCUUGCAUCUCCUAUAUUUGGCAGGUGGAUUUUUUUCAACUACACCAGCUGGGAUGCCCGCAAGGACCUGUUACUGAACAGCAAAGAUAUUUCGGUUCUCUAACAAGUCCCCAUGUCCACCUGUCCAAACUUACUGACUCUAGACACGUUCUAGACAUUCUGCCCCCACCCCAUCUACAAUCCUACCAUUUUUUCCUUUAAUGCUGGUUUUUCAUUCCUACAGGUGCAUUUUUUCCCCCUCAUUUUUGGUAAUUUUGAAUGUCCUUGAAUGGAUUUGUAUUCAACUCUUUGUGGGGACGAGGGAGGCUGAGAAAUUCAUGUUUUCAAACAAAUGGUUCUGCUUUGAGGGAGACCAGGAAUUGCUGUGUGAACGUACAAAGCAAAAACACUUCUGUUAAGAAGACCUCAGCAGAACUUGCACAAAAACGAUGAAUUCAGGAAUGGGGAUAAUAAAGCAACAAGUUCUGCUAUAAAGGAACGUUUUGGAAAAGGAAAUGGCAACCCACUCCAGUACCCUUGCCUGGAAAAUCCCAUGGAUGGAGAAGCCUGGUAGCCUACAGUCCAUGGGGUCGCAAAGAGUCAGACACGACUGAGCGACUUUACUUCAAUAUUUCAAGGGUUAAAAAGAUGUUUGCAAAUUAGGCAACAGCUCAGAAGUAGCCUCCUAACAGGUAUCAAGAUGGGAUAGGAGAAUUGGAAAUAAAGAUUAGCUACUUAAGCAAAUAAUUAGGACACAAUUAAGGCCAAUUCGACCUCUUGCUGAGGGUAAAUCAGACUCUUUUAGAGAAACAGGCCAAUUGCCCUCAGGAAAGAGGGUACAGGAUCUCCUACUGUUUCUUUUUGAAUUUGGUCUGAUCUAGUUUGCUUCCACAGAAGUGCUAUGUAUAACUAAGUCCCUUUACAAGACCUGAGUUACUGAUCAAAACUUUCCAUUACCAGAGAAAGGGUCUUCACACCCUCUUAUCCAACUUUAAUUCUGUAACACCUCACAGGUUAGUAAAACAUGAAAGCUGCAUGCUUCCAGGAUGUUAAAUUUGUUUUUGGUGCCUCUCAGUCUUAAUAUUCUAAAGAGAUGCUGCUUCAUGGACAUGUUCUGGAAACACCAAUGUUCCAGAGCCUGAUGUUGGCAGGUCUAUGCACACAGGGUUUUGGAUCGUUCUCCAGCUGAGCAAUGGUCAAUCCAUCAAGUCACAGUUCUCAGCCAUUUCUUAUAAAAAAGCAAGACCUAUUCACUGAAUUCAGUGAGACCAGGGUCAGAUAGUGCUAUGAGAUACCUUGCUCACCUAAAAUAAGACACCACUCAAGAGUGAUGGUGAGUAGUAAUACAGAUUUCUAAAGGUGACCUCUGAAAAUACAAAAACUCCUUGAAGAUUUUAUUAGUGUAGAAACUAGCACCCAUAAACCCUACAUAAAUUCUGUAGAAUGAUGACUGGCAGCCUAAUUUUAACUCUAGUAUACUUUCUUCUUAAACAUCUUGUAGUCACAGGCCACUUUUUCCAGCUGCCAAACUAGCAAGACCUCAGAGAUGAGUGUGUUUUACCUAUUAAGUCAAAUAAU